AAGAAAAGAACAACAUUAUCAAUAAAAACUGAAGCAUAUGGAGACAUGACUUUAAAAGAAUCUAUUAAAAACAAAUCUAAAACUAAAAUUACCGAAAAUAUAAAUCAACAAACAUCCAACUUAAAUAAUAGAAAUAAUUUAUUUUUUUCAGAAGAAAACUAUAAAUCACAAAGUUUGAAUGAACAAUUUAGUAAGUUCGAUAAACUUUUCAAUCAUACCGUUGGAAUCAUAAUGAAAAAUGGAAAAAAAGCAAAAGCACAAAAACAACUUCAAAACGCACUUAUAUACAUUAAACAAAAGAUAAACACAGAUCCAUACUCUGUUCUUUUUAAAGCUAUUAAAGCAGUUUCACCCCUAAUGAAACUUGUAUUCAUAAAAAAAGGAACUAAAUCUAUAAAAAUGCCAGUUCCUUUAAAUGAACAUCAGCGACAUAGAAAAGCAAUUAUUUGGAUACUUGAAGCCAGUAAUAAACAACAUAGUAAAAACUUCUCAGAACGUUUAGCACAAGAACUAAUUGCUGUUAUAAAUGGAACCAGUUCUAUUUUCCAGAAAAAAGAACAACUACAUAAAUUAGCAUUAAUAAAUAAAGCAAAUACUCAAAUUAGAAUUUAAUAUUAAAUUUG